AUGGCAAUAUCCCUUUUAUCCGUCUCAAUUCCCAAAUCACAACCCAAUUUACUUUACCUCGUUCUAUUUUCUCUACAUCAAAAAAACCCUUGUCCGCCUCUUCGUUCGUCACUAUCGAUCAACUUCAGUUGUUCGUCGCCACCUCCUCGCCGGUCAUCAGGUCAUCGGCUCACCGCCACCUCGCCAAUCAUUAGGUCUUCAUCGGCUCGUCGCAGCAUCACUUUAACUCGUCACUACUCCAAGAAAAAAUCUCAAUUUUCAAAAUUUGAGCACGACAUACUUAUUUCAUUAAAUUUACUUUUAGGUCCCAUUAAAAAAAAAUCGGAGAACCCUAAACCUUCGAUCCCAACGCAAAAGAAAACCACAAUAUUCUCGCCAUCUCCCUCCCUUCAUUCCUCGUCAACUCACCGUUUCCGUGCUAUAUAUCUCGACGUUUCCGUGCUAUAUAUCGCCGCUUCAGAUGAACUUUUCACGAGAUCUAAUGAGGAAAGCCAGUGAAACCAACUUUCAUAACCAAUAGCGUAGUUCUUAGACAACACGAUGAUAAAAACCCGAGAUAAGUAGAAACGCAAAAUAUCAAUACCUUCUUGGAUGAUGAAGAGAUUGAAAUAGGAAAAUAUCUGAAACCAGAAUUGGAGAGUGCAAUUAAGGCAUCUCGGUCUUCUAUUAUCGUGUUGUCAAAGAAUUACGC